AACAAGCGCAGUUUCCCUCUUUCGCUUCUCAACCACCCCGUUGCUUCGCCUUCUUUUUGCCUGUCGAGCGACAAUCAGCACCACCAGGGAAAAAAAAAAAAUCGACGAACAGGAACCAGUUUUUCUCCUCCGUUCGUUUCUUAUCACGACUGUCGCCAAGGCCGAUUAUGUCUUUCCAUUCGUCUACGAUCUAGCAUCUUGUUGUUACCACUCACUCUCGUUUCCUCUCUGUGGUUUAUUUUUUAUUGUAUUUUUUAUUCUCUUCUUUUUUUGGGUUUGUUUUGUUUGAGCUAGACUCAGUCCACUCCUUUCUCCCAAUUUCCGCUUGUCUUUCGACCUCUACACGACGAGACAAGUACUCUAUUUUUUGCCGAAAAAAUCCGAAUCGUCCGGCUGUUAUCACGUCCAAGAGAAACAGAAGAAGAAAAAUCCAGGAUACUCAACCAGAAUCUCGAAAUCCCGAAGCGUCGAUCAGCUGUCAUCCGUCACAAUUUGCUUGACUCCCUGUCAUCCAGUUCAGCCGAAUUACUCCUCCGAUUUGACCGAAUCGAGCUUGCCAACAUCAAUCGCCGAGUGUCUACUGCUUAUUAUUAUUAUCAUCGCCCAUCGCUAUAAGUAAAUCGUCAAAGAUGGAUACGACAUCGUACCUCGUUGCGAGGGACCUGACGGAGCUCCAUCAAGUGAUGAGACUGGUCCCCCGAAAAGGCGAGUGUGUGAAGUGCGACGACACGUCCAAGCUUCAAUGCCCGUCCUGUGCCUCCAAUGAGAGCUGUCAGUUCACGGUUCCGCUCGAUUGCACGCAAUGCCCACAGUCCUUCUGUGCGGUCAACGAUUCGCCUACCCCCAGCAACGGAGGCGGAGGCAACGGCGGGCCCAGUGCUGGACCUAUUGCUGGUGGUGUUGUCGGCGGUAUUGCUGCCAUCGCCAUCAUCACUUACCUGGUGUGGAGAUUCCUAAUCAAGCCCAAGAGGCGGCUCUCUCAGUCGGUGUACGGAGUCGAAGAGAGCGCCACCGAAGGCGGCGAGAAGAACGGCAACCGGGUCACCCGCCGCGGAUCUACACAUACUGUCCACUCGAUUGCCUCUACCGUCCUCACGCGAGCCUCCAACAUUAUCCAAAUCGCCUACAUUCCCGGCGUCACCAACCGAGCAACGCCUGCGUCACCCAACGUGUUGGUCCCCCCUGUUCCGCCGAUCCCCAUGCACCACACCGAAGGGUACCGCGAUUCCGGUGCUGACAACCCCCAUUUCUUCGUCCCCGGCAACCUGCGAGACUCGACGUACUCCGGCAUCUCCGCCUUUUCCGACAGGACCUCGUUUGCUCCACCUCGCUCUAGCAUUGCAUCUACCAUCUUUGGUGGUGGCAAACAGCAGGUCCUGACUCCCGCCCAGACUGUCAUGCGUGCCAAGCCAACAAUGGUGAGCGUCAAGUCCGGCACAAGCGCCCCCAGCACACCUCCUGUCCCCAGCAUCGACUACGACAAGUUCAACCCUGGCAAGACCCUACGACCCCAGAGCGCGGCAAGCAACUUUAGUGUCGGCUCAACUUUCCUAAACAACGCCAAUACCGUAACUCAAGCCCGUGCACAAGUCGUCAAGGUGGGAGGUUCUGGACUGAGAAUGGUGGAGAUUGCCUCCAAGCCAGAGGGAAGCCAAUCCUCCACGACACUUGGUAACAAGUCGCCAAAAACAGGCGACAGCACUCCUCCGACAAGCCGCGGAGAAUCAUCGACAGUAGACCAGGGCCCAUUCUCUGAUCCUCCGGACCAGUCAAGCCCCAAGAUCUCCGUCGAGGCUCCUCCUGCUUCGCCCGGCAGGGAGAGGGGGGCUACCAAGGAGGGGGAUUCUGGAUCCCAAAAGCGCGAUUCUAGCCCCUUUGGCGAUGAGCAUGAAACCAAGGAUUGAUCAAGUAGACUGUAGGUGAUUUAUACAAUAAUCUUCAGUCGCAUGGGUCAAUGAUGUGGGGAUUAUUUUCUUUGUUGUCUUUUUUAUAUAUCUGAUUUCUACUUUUCGUGUUAUACUUUUGGAGACCCCUGCUUUCUUCAGCGACGAGAGAAUAUCUUCAAUUACGGGUUUAUGGCGUCUUUUAUCGGGACAAAUGUCGCAGGGAUUGAUAUGACAGAUGGCGGCAUGGUUUGAAGCAGCAAAAUGUGGACAUCUUUUGUGUGCUCGAUUUUGACUAUCACUUGAAUAGAACAUGAUUAACUUGCC